AUGGGAAAGUUGGUGGUCCUGGCCCUGCUGGGGAUGAUAAGAAAGAGAGUUAAGAAAUAUGAAAGUAGUUAUAGACAAAGAUUUAGUAUAUCUCGAGAAGUGGAGCCAGUAGAACCCAGGAACUGCCAACUUAUUGAAGGAAUUGAAAAUGGCUCUGAAGAUAUUGAUAUACUUCCUAGUGGGCUGGCUUUUAUCUCCAGUGGAUUAAAAUAUCCAGGCAUACCAAACUUUGCACCCGAUAAGCCAGGACAAAUCUUCAUGAUGGAUCUGAAUAAGCCAAACCCAAGCAUCCAGGAACUAAGCAUCAGUAAUGGUUUUGACAAAGCAUCAUUUAAUCCACAUGGGAUUAGUACAUUCAUCGAUGAAGACCAUAAUGUGUAUCUUUAUGUUGUGAAUCAUCCCCGCAUGGAGUCCACUUUGGAGAUAUUUAAAUUUGAGGAACAACAACGUUCUCUGGUACACCUGAAAACUAUAGAACAUGAACUUCUAAAAAGUGUGAAUGACAUUUUCGUUGUUGGCCCAGAACAGUUCUAUGCCACCAGAGACCACUAUUUUGCCAACCACUUCUUGACACUACUAGAGAUGUUAAUGGACUUUCGCUGGUCUCAUGUUCUUUUCUAUAGUCCAAAAGAGGUCAAAGUGGUGGCCAAAGGGUUUAAUUCUGCCAAUGGGAUCACAAUCUCACCAGAUAAGAAGUAUAUCUACAUAGCCGAUGUAACAGAUAAGAGCAUCUGUGUAAUGAAAAUACAUGAUAACUGGAAUUUAACUCAACUGAAGGUAAUACAUUUGGACACUUUGGUGGAUAACUUAACUGUCGAUCCUGACACUGGAGAUGUUUGGGCAGGAUGCCAUCCUAACGGCUGGAAGGUACUAUUCUAUAACCCUAAGGAUCCGCCAGGGUCAGAAGUACUUCACAUCCAGGAUGUUCUAUCUGAGAAGCCCAGGAUAAACACUAUAUAUGCCAAUAAUGGCUCUGUGCUUCAGGGCAGCUCUGUGGCUACUGUGUACAACAGGAAACUUCUCAUAGGCACCGUAUUUCACAAAGCUCUGUACUGUGAGCUCUGA